CGGUUUCAACUCCGUCGGUAUGAACGGUUUGGCGGGAAUAACUCCUACGUCGGGGGUCACCUUUCCUCUUCCUGCCACCUUUCCAUGGGCGGCCGCGGCUAGGGGCAAGCCUCGUCGCGGCAUGAUGAGGAGAGCGGUCUUCAGCGACGCUCAGCGGCAAGGCCUGGAGAAAAGGUUCCAAAUCCAGAAAUAUAUAAGCAAGCCGGACAGGAAAAAACUUGCCGAGAAACUGGGACUCAAGGAUUCUCAGGUAAAGAUAUGGUUUCAGAAUCGGAGAAUGAAAUGGCGCAACUCCAAAGAACGGGAAUUGUUAUCCAGUGGAGGAUCCAGGGAGCAGACUCUCCCCACCAAACACAACCCUAACCCUGACCUCAGUGACGUCGGAUCCUACGUCACCAAAGACUCGGACUGCAUUCGGGAUGAAAACAAUUUCAAAGACAUGAAGAUUACGCCAUGCCACACGCCGGACAGCCAAGCCGAUGACGACAGUGGGCACCAUCAUGUGCGGCACUGCGUGGACCGCGGGUCGGACGAAAUGGACAUCAAAGUGCUAUAGACGCAAAUGAGGGUCAACAUGAUUGGACCAGUACCUGAAAAAUGUAACAGAUCGGAUGACCUAAUCUUCGAAAGUGAGCCUAGCGUCGGCUAUACCACUGACGAGGUGGACAGCAUAGAUAUUCGCCGAGUUCUGAGUCUUGUGCUAGCAUAAUUUUCAUUUCAAAUUUUUGAAGAAUGUUAUUUAAGAAAAGAAAAAGAGAUAAAUUUCAUAAUAGUAAUGUUCUUCAAAUAUUACCGAGAAUUCCGCGAUAAUAUGGACCUUUUCGGCCGACUGGAAAUUUCGCUGUAAUCGGUUGCUUAUUUAAAGAACUGUUGAAAAGAAAUCGUUAUCAGCCAAUUAAAUUAUUGCAUGAAUUUAAAAUAUUGCGCUUGAAAAAAACCUUCAAAGGUACAAUUAUGUAACUUGUUCAAGUUUCGUUAAGUUACGCAGGGAAAUCUGCAUAGUUUUCUAAUUGCUUUUAUCUUUAAAGCACAUAAUUUUUCUGAUUAUGAUACUGAUUACAUUUCCGUUUGAAAAUAACACUAUACUUAAACUUCAAAGAGCGUUCAGACAUUUUUGUAAUGAUUUUGAAAAGAUUUAUAUAUAAACAAACCUUAGAAUUUCAUUUUCUAAUAUGUUCCGUCU